AUGUUGGUGCAGACAGGUGAAGAGGAGGAAAUAUGUUUGUUUCAAAAGCGAUGUAAGCUUUUCCGUCAUCUCGGUAAUGAAUGGAAAGAGCGUGGUCUUGGCACUAUCAAAGUGCUCGUUCGCCCCGCAGAUACUACUGCUCUAGCUGGUAUACACAUGGAUCUGCGUGCUGUCCUCCCUGGUGACAUUCCUGCUAAUUCUCUUCCAGCUAUAUCCUCACGACUUUUGAUGCGCCGCGAGCAGGUCCUCAAAGUCUGUGUUAAUCAGCCUAUUACUGCUAAGGGAGUUCCCAAACUGCAACCGAUGAGAAGCCAGAUUGACGCCAACUCUCUCUGUUGGUCAAAUGUUGAUUAUAGUGAUGUGAAAGAUGGAGAGAUGUCUACCUAUGCCGUUCGGUUUAAGGGUAGUCUCGUAAGCCUACUUGCAAACUGA